AUGCCGGGCCCAUCACCGGUUGAAGCAGCACCGCACAUUCUUUCGCUCCUGAGCAAACUGCACGCUGAGUCUCUGAAGCAGGAAGCUGCAAUAUCCAAAACCGGCAAGGUGUUCUCUUCCAAUGUCCUAGACUACCUCGAAGAGCAAUCCGCCAGCGGGGGUCCGCGCAUGCAGUUCGACAAAUUGAUGAGCGACAAGUUCAUUGCGCUGGAUGAAGACAAAUGUCAGUUCACGUAUUCACUGAUCAACGCGAUGGGCGCGACGAACGUUGUUGAGGCUGGGACCAGCUUCGGCGUCAGCACCAUCUAUUUAGCACUGGCUACCUCCAAGACAAAGGCCGCGACGGGGAAGAACGGGGUGGUUAUUGCAACAGAGAAAGAGAAGGCAAAGGCCGCCGUGGCACGGGAGUAUUGGAGACAGUGUGGUGAAGUCGUUGAGAAAGAGAUCGACCUCAGAGAAGGCGAUCUGCUCGAGACGCUGAAAGUCGACUUGCCAAAAGAAAUUGAUCUUCUUCUGCUCGAUAUCUGGGCGCCAUUGGCUCUCCCCACUCUCAAGACUGUACAACCUCGCCUUCGACAUGGUGCGGUAGUGCUCGCGGACAAUACAAUCUCAGGAGCUGAGGGCUAUGCGGACCUGCUCGCAUAUUUACGAGACCCGGAAAGUGGCUUCAAAAGUAUGACCCUUCCUUUCACCAAUGGAUUUGAAAUGAGUGUCUACUUGCCCGCGAGGCUGUAG